AUGACUUCUCCUCCCCGUGAGAAGGCCCUACCCCUCUUCUACCCAGAAAUUGACCCUCUCCGCCUAAGAUAUACAGAAGCGGAUCGCAUUAGACUGUUCAGAAGCCAACCUCUAAACCGUAUCGGAAAGUAUCUCAUCCCCAAACCUGCCGACGUCGCAGUCCUACUCCCUCCCCUUCUGCACCUGGGCUGGAUCGUCGACAAGGAAGCUAUGUUCGAACACGCUCUUGAACAGGGAGUCAAUUGCACGAUCAGCGACGACAAAGGCCAUCGUCGUAACUACUAUGCUGCCUGUAAUGAAGGUUUGCUCUGUUUCCUGGAGGACCUCGACCUAUCGUUUGACGAUCGAAACGACGUCGUAAACGUUUGCGAUGGCGAUUACGAACUGAACUCUACCGAGGCUCGUAAGAAUUUUCAGCUUGCCGUGACCAUCGGGACGAACUACGACCGCCUUAUACCGAAGGAAGCUGCUGCGCGAAUUCAGGAUUUUGUCGCGCCCGGCGUCAAGCCCCGUUGGUUCUUGGACCAGGAUAAAUGGGUGUGGACAAAGGCACCAGGCUUGGACAAGCUGAGAGAGAAAUACAAGCAGGAACGCGCCCUCGCCGAUUCCGUGAACAACUCUGAACCUGAUAAGUCUGGCGAUACCAAUGUCAGUCUGUAG